AUGGAUAUUCGUGUCAGGCUUCGGCCUUGGUUAGAAAGUCGACUUAACGACGGGUGGAUCGAAGGACUAAAGUGGAUCGAUAGAGAAAAGGGAAUAUUCAGGAUCCCCUGGAAGCAUCAUAGUAAACAUACAUGGACGGAAGAUGAUGCUGCUAUAUUUAAGGACUGGGCUGUUGUUACUGGGCGUUAUCGGGAGGGCAUCGAUACACCUGACUGGCCGAUGUGGAAAACUCGGCUUCGUUGUGCACUGAACAAAGCGCCUGAUAUCCAAGAGGUCAAGCAGCGUCACAACUUACACUGUGAAGAACCUUUUAAAGUGUAUCGCUUUGUGAGCAAAACAGAAUCUCUAUGGCGAGCGAAUGCGAUAAGAAACGCUAGCAUGAUCUUCGAUGGUAUACAGGCAGGAUGUAGAUUCACUUCGUGGAGUGGAUCGAACGCUUCUAGCUCUCCAAUGAAUUCUCCAAUUCCGCUUUCAAGACGACCUACGCUGAUUGUCCAGAAGUUGUCAGGGCUCAAAUCGAAUACCCGUCGGUUUGCUGUGAUCCGAAGAGGUGAUGGUGUUCAACACAUCCAGUCCAAUUAUCGCCCUGCUUAUAUACUACAAGGUCACCAGCUUAACCGUAACAAGAUUUAUUACAAUUCUACUAGCGCUAAUGCCACUCAAAGACUGGGAUGCGAUAACGAGAACAUGAACUUAGAUAGUUAUGCUAACUUGUCCCCAUCAAGUUACACUGAGUAUCAAGCUCCAAACAACACUACAGUCAUAACUGGGGGCAUAUCUCUUCCUAACCGUUUUAUCCCUGGGAUUGGUUCAGCAAAUCAACAUGUUCAGUUGUUACCUGACAUUAUGGAACCGGAAUACCAUCAGUUAGGUGUGCGCAUCCAACAUCUAAGUGUCCGCAUUAGAGACACAAUAGUUACCAAUCCUAAUGGUUGUUGUAUUUACUAUGGGAGAUUUGAUGAGAUCAGCUCACCUGCUGCUCCUGAUCCUAUUGAAGCACAAAUUCCACACCAAAUCUCAGUAGCCAACAAGGCCUAUGUUGAUCUCUUGUUGGAUAAUAUGGUCAGGGGAAUCAUACUGACAGUUAUCCAUGGUAGUAUUUACGCUGAAAGAAUAUGCAAGUGUGCCGUUUUUGUGUAUAUUCCAACGGUGGGUGGAGAAUAUAUUUUGGCAAAGAAGCUUGGACGUCGGUUAAGGGAGAAAAUAUUCGACUAUGAUCAGUUUUUGUUUCACCUGGACUCAUAUCGUCAAAAUCAACAGUCACGUCCUCAUUUCGAAGUCGUUCUGGCAUUUGGUCAACAACUAAAGCCUGGGAUAUCUACUGAUAGCCUACUAGUGUGGGCUCGUGUUGCUAGCUGUCGUGCUUGGUUCCAGUUACACAAAGUUCAUACACUCAGACCUGGUUAUGGUGAGUGUAACAGUGUACAUUUAAAUAAUCCAGUAUGUCCUUCCAUCUACUACCAUAUUAGUGAAAACUCAGAGCAGUCAGAGUGUGUCAUAAACCGUUUUUCUGUAAGUCAGAGUCUGAAUGGAUGCAGUAGUUACAAUGAAAAUUCAGCUAUUUUAAAAACGGAUGAUGAUUCUGUCAAUGAACACAUUGUUCCUACGAUUAAUUUUACAGACUCUUUGGAUCCUGAUAGCAUUGUUACUGAGCAGAUAAUUGAGGAAGGAGUUGAAGUCCCUUUGGAUGAUACUGAUGAUUUGGCGUAUAGCACUUCCGGUUCUGUAUUGCAGGAGAAUCUCAUAGUUUGUGUUGCAUCUCAAGAUGUUUGUUCAGUACCUAUUUGUACUUCAAGUUCAUCAGUCACCCAAGACGUGUUCCUGAGUGGUAUUAAUCCAAUCGACAUGAAAUCCCACCCACUACUGA